AUGAGGUCACGGCCAGCUCUGCAGAAGCAGAGAAAGCGACCGCCUUUGCGAGAACGAAUUGUGCACCGACCUGGUAGGCAUUCGACAUAUUCAGAAGACGACGACGAACUGUUGAUACAGCUGAAAGAGGAUGACAAAUUGCCCUGGGAUGAAAUUGCAGAGUACUUCCCGGAAAGGACCAAAGGGACGUUGCAAGUGCACUACUGCACAAAGCUGAAGAACCGCUCGCAGACGUCUAAGUACAAGAAACGCAAGGUAACGAACUCAGCUAAAGAAAGCGGGGUGAGAUAUCCAUCCAGGUUCUCAAUGGACCUGCUUGAUCCACAGCUUCAAGAUGCACUUCCUUCCACAUCAAUUCUACCAGCAACUACCGACUCGGCCGAGGAUGCCCACGGAAGCAUACUGUCAACUACACCAGGAAACAUAGAAAGCACGGAGGUUCAGCCGCUUCGUAGCAGCCAAGGAGUAAUCGUUGGUUCUCAAACCACCGCCUGGAGGCGGUUGGCGAAAGCGAACUGGGACGCGAAAGCGAUUGUGGGACACUUCGGGAGCGGACUCACGACGCGACACGACCGACCAUGA